GGUUGCUGAGUACACAGUCAGGGCACUGCGCAGAACCGUGCCGGCUGCAGUACCAGGGAUUGUGUUCUUGCCUGGUGGAUAAAGCGAAGAAGAGGCAACACUGAACUUGGAUGCAAUGAACAAGCUGGAAGUGCUGAAGCCAUGGACUCUGUCUUUCUCCUUUGGGCGAGCAUUGCAGCAGAGCACCCUCAAGACGUGGGGUGGGAAGAAGGAGCAUGUUGCCAAAGCUCAGGCGGCUUUCCUGGCAAGGUACAAGGCCAACUGCGAUGCAACUCUCGGCAAAUACUCUGGCUCCGGCACCGGCGGGUUGGCCUCUGAGAGUUUGUUUGUCAAAGAUUGCAAGUAUUAG